UCGACCCAGAGCAACCCCCACGCUUCCCCCAGCCAUGUCCUCCGCACUCCCAUCACCGCCCCCGCCCAGCCACCACCACGUCCAACGACUCCGAACCCUGUUCAAGGCCCACCGGGUCCGGGAGAGCCUCACCACCCGGGCCUGCAAGCUCCUCUGCUCCUUCUUCCUCUCCCUUCUUCUCGCCGCCGGCGUCAUCCUCUUCGUCCUCUGGCUCAGCCUCCGCCCCCACCGCCCCCGCUUCCACGUCUCUUCCUUCUCCGCCCCCGUCCUCUCCCCCAGCGCUGGCACGGCCUUCUCCUUCGACGUCUCCGACCGGAACCCGAACGGGAACAUCGGCAUUUUCUACGACGCCGUCGCCGGCUCGGUCUUCUACCGGGACAACCGGGUCGGAUCCGAACCGAAGCUGGCGGGCCCCUUCUACCAGCCACCGAAGAACACCACGGUUAUCCACGGGGCGGUGGAUGGGGCGUCGCUGUCGCCGGAGGAGCUGGCGGCGGACUUGCGAUCCGGCCGGGUUGGGUUCCGGCUCGAGCUGAGCACGACCAUCCGGUUCAGGGUGUCGACCUGGGACACCCACCGGCACCGGUUGCACGUGAGCUGCAGCGUGGAGGUGGGCCCCGACGGGGCCAUUUUGGCGGCGUCCAAGAGCAGGAGGUGCUCCUUGUAUUUCUUUUAGUAGCAAUUCUGUUUGAAAAACUUGUUUGGAAUGGCUUGUAAAUCAUAGAGGCCCGAAUCAUGGUGCAAUACAUAGGCCUAGGCUGCUGGAUGUUAAACAGCAAAAGAAUAGUGAUAAUAUAUAUGAAGCUAGCUUGAGGUCUCAGCAGCUGAAGAAAACCGUCAAGUUGGGUUAA